UCCCCAGGCAACCACGGUAACGCCGGUAUGGACCCGGGGAGCUUCCGUUGCAAGCUCGACCCUAAGCUCACGGAGAAGGACCUGCCCUUCUUCAUCCCGGACAUCCAGGGCACCUGGGGUUCGGCCUGCGGGCGGAACCGCGGCGUUUUCGUCGUCGAGCCUCCCGAUGGCCACACCUACGAUUGCGGCAACAUGCCUGCCGAUUGGGGGGUGUCUAACGCCGCCGACAUCGCUAACCUGACCAAGACCAAGCCGGCCGUCGCCCUGAAGGCCUACGGUAACUUCGUCGAUGCUGUCUACAACACCACCAUCGGGAAAACCGCGGAGGCCUGCGACUUCGACGGGCUGACGGUCCUCACGUGCGGAAGGGAAGAGCCGUGGAGAACCGCCCCAUGGUACGACCAGCUCAAGGCGCCCAUCCGGGCAGUUAACAUCGGCGGUCUGUUCGUGCUGGAGCGUUGGAUUGUGCCCACCUUUACCUCUUGGGGGGAUGAGAGCGGCAUCCGCGACCAGCACUCUUUCAGCGAGAAGUGUGGAGAGCU